CAUUCAGUACGGUACGGUAGUUGGAGACUUGAAUGUUAUAGCUAGUAUACUGACCAUGAGACAAUCGAUAGUACCCGCCGCCGCCGCCAUCCUGUGGCUGUGCGUUGGCAGCCAUGCCUUUACGACACCUGCCAGAACGGUCGUCACUCGACUUGUCCCACAACCACAUGUGGUCCCUCUGCGACAUGCUACUGUCUCCCUGACUAUGGCUAGCAACAGCAACCCCGUGUUGUCCUUGUACGAACGGUAUCAAGACAAGUUGCCCUCCGACGCCAUUGUGGAAGCAUGUGCCGGACAACGCGUGGUGGCCAGUGAUUUGGCGGCCAAAGCAGGAAUUUCCGUCUCGCAAGCGGCCCGUGAACUCACAUUGUUGGCGAGUUUGAGUCAAGGCGACAUUGCCGUGGGCGAUGCGGGAGAAUUGCUGUAUAGCUUUCCUUCCGAUUUGAAAGGCGUACUCCAAAAGAGAUCCUCGCAAUAUCAAUUCCAACAGCAAAUCCAAAAAGCCUGGCCGACCGUGUUUUGGGGCAUUCGCGUCGGUUUUGGAGUGGCACUGGUGGCAUCGUUGGUGGCCAUUUAUUCCACCAUUUUCUUCAUCAAUAGUUCGUCGUCGAGUGACAAUGACGAUCGCAAUUCCGAACGACGCGGUGGUGGUGGAUUCGGUGGUGGUUUUGGGUACUUUUGGGGACCGUCGCCGUUUGAUUUCUUGUACUAUCGACCGUAUGGGUCGUAUGGAUACUAUGGACGCGCCUCGUCAGAAAAGGAGGAAGAAUUGGGGUUCUUGGAAUCCGUCUUUAGUUAUGUCUUUGGAGAUGGAGAUCCCAAUGCCAAAAUCGAAGAAGAACGAUUGCAACUUGCGGCACAAAUGAUACGAGACAAUAAGGGUGCCGUCACGGCCGAACAGUUGGCACCCUACUGUGAUCCCGAUAUCACGCCGCAACAAGCCCAAAAGGCAAACUACGUCGAUGAGAGCUUUGUUUUGCCCAUUGUCACACAACUCAACGGAGAACCCACCGUCACGGACGAUGGAGAUAUCGUAUAUCUAUUUCCGGAAUUGCAAACGACAGCGUCCAAAACAGCAAUCACCAAAAGCACUACGGAUGAUCAAGAACAAUCCAAUGCUCUCAUUCUAAAACGAGCUGGACUGAGUCCCAACGCCAGUACCCGCGAUAUUCAACUCAUGCUCAAUUACAAUGGCAUUUCCACCCGCAAUGCCUACGACAAACAAGCUCUGUUGGAUAUUCUAGAACAGGCAUUGCCACCAUUGACACGACAAGAACAAGAGAAACUCGAGCAACAGGCCGCGCAACAAGAUCCAUCCCUCCUCACAGAACGUGAAAUUCCAUUUUCCGUCGCCACCGAUUUCAACAAGAUUGCUGCGGGAGCUCUGGGAGUCGUCAAUCUCGGAGGUGCUCUCUAUUUGGGGACCCAACUCGCUCAAAUUACCGCGGCGGGAUAUUCGUUGCCAGGAAUGUACGGCGCCGUGGCGGGCGCGUUUCCCCUCUUAUUGGGAUACGCAUUGUUGUAUAAUGCCAUUCCACUGGUGCGCAAUUUUUGGAUCAACCAACAAAAUGCCCAAAUUAGUGCCCGCAACAGUCUUCGCAAACAAUGGAAAACGGCACUGGCGGAGAGUGUCAAUACGGCCUUGUUCAAACGCAAACUAAAGGCUGCCAAGGCCAUGGGUGUGAAACAGAAACGAGUGGGAUCCAACAAUGUCAUCUUUGAUACUUCCAAAACAACCCUCGAAGAAUUGGGAAAACAAAAGGAACAAGCCGAGUUGAGUGCGUUUGAUAGUCUGUUGGAAAAAGACAAUGACAAUGACAACAAGAAGAAGAAGGAGAAAAAGGCCAGUUUGGAUAGUAGCGGCGGUGGUGGCGAUGAUGUGGGCGCCUUUGAAUAGAAAGGAACGAACGAACCAAGGUGGUUGUACAGUACUGCCUGCUACUAGCUACUUGUUGUACGUACCGGUACUUCUAGCUACUCACACGGUCGACCGCGUGGCUACCACGACCCGUCACAAUGUC